AGUAGCAAUGUGGCGAAAAAGCUUCGAGAAUUCUGCACCGAAACGACUGCACACGGAUUAGGGAGGAUCGCCUCUUCAACUUCAAGAUUAGAAAGAAUACUUUGGUCGACAUGUUUACUAACAGCUGUGGUGUCUAUGACCUACCAGGGAAUAAGUCUCGUGUCCGAAUACUUAACGUUCCCAGUUGAUGUUAAAGUUGAGCUGAAAUAUACCAACUCUCAACCUUUCCCCGCUGUUGUGGUUUGUAACAUGAACAGUAUAAAAAAGUCAGCAUUAAAGAAAGUCAUGGAUGAUAACGGAACGGUAAGUUAAUGGUAGUAGCAGGUAGCAUCCAUUUCAUAAUUUAACUUAGCAUUCGGUUCAGCCUAUUUCGACUUUCUCUUUUAGACCCCGUCAACAGGUAGACGUUUUUGACCGAAAACGGAGAGUUUUUUCUUCGGUUUUGCCCACCGUCCACCGGCGGUCACCGAAAACGUAUCUCUUCAAAAACGUUCUUCAGAGUGGAGAUUUGUAAAGACGCCGGCCUUUCGUUUACGUGUUGACGAACGAAAACGAAGGUUUUGGAAUAAGAUGAUGUCAUAGUAUAGUAUCAAAACCGAGUUUGCCUUUGAAAUUACAGAAUCAAUUUAGUGUACGUGUACAAUUUUCAAGAUUCAGAGCAAGAUUUGAGACAAAAAUGAAUAUUUCAUUCGUAUCAUCGUUGCCAAGUGUCAGGUUACGUAACAGAAAAGUUGUUACGUAUUCCCAGGAGAGGAAUGUAAAUGGCCGGUAGGUCCAGUCCCUCGUCUCUAUUCAGAGAGAGAGAGUUUCUUUGUUUAAUACCAAUGGCCUUCUUGACUGCAGCGCUUGAUGGUGUUAUUUUCGUCGGAUAGUUCUUUUACAUUAGGUUGCUGUUACGUUGUGACCCGUUGCCCAACAGUACUCGACAACGACAGAAGUUUCAAAGGAUUGCAAUGUGAAAUUCGAGCGAUUCGAACGAAAUAUUCGCUUCUGUAUCAAACUUACGCCUUAACUGGGAGAGUUAGCAUAUAUGAAAGCAUGUCUUGGUAUAUCUUAUUUCCUACUUCAUUUUACCCGUUUUGUCCGGACUGAGUAGCAGAAAGAUGUUUUCUCAGCUGAACGCUGUACUCUUCCACAGCAGCUGGCCGGGCUAAAUAUAGGAAGCAGUCUCGGUUCAUUAUACAUGGUAAGGCCCACUGCGCAGGUGCAUCGAAACCUGAGCAAGAUAGAAAGGGCCUUUGCUCCAAACUUUCCAACUCUUGUGUAUUAUACACAUUAUACUACUACUCGAGAAAUUUCUGCAGUUUGAUUGGCUUAGAGCAGUGGUAUUUCAGCUUAAUUUGAAAUACCUACAUGUGAAAAUUACAAACCUUUUGCGGGUAGUAGUAUAAACAAAUAAUAGCAUGAUUUGUUUGUGAUAUUUGGCAAAAAUACCACUAAUGAUAUUUCAAAAUUGUCUCAAAUUUCACUCGCCUAACGGCCCGUGAAAUCGUGGUAUUUAUGUCAAAUAUCAUUACAAAUCAUGCUAUUACCUAUACUUAUACAAUGGCGACGUAAAUAGCCCAACCUGAUUUCUAUUUAGCCUAGAGCUUCAUAAAUUGUAGUCUGUUCCAGGCGUUCAGAUAGUAGAGCGCGACCUUCAGGUGAUGGGGAGGGAGUUAAAUCGUAGGGGCGAAAAAUUGACGGGGAAAAAACGGUGGGAAUCUCCCCUCGUUUCUUCCCCUCGUUUUCCCAGCGUAUAAGUUCUCUCGCUCCUCACCAUCUGAGCGCCGAGCUCUACUAUCUAUCUGAACGCCUACAACAGGCUAUAAUUUAAAAAGGGUUGCUCCGGCUUUUUCGUCUUUAGCUUUCUCUUUACAAGUCUUUAAUACAAUAAAAUUGUUAUAAAUACAAUUAAUAAUAAUUUUCUUUUUUAUCGCACUAAUUGAAAUUUUCUGGUUAUCUGCAGGUAGCAAUUCUGGAUAUGAUUGAAAAUCUCCACCUGAACGGUAAGCACGUUUGACUGAGUUUGCAAAGCAUGCACAGAGCUUUCUUCCUCACCCACUCAAUAAAUCAGUAUUUCGAGGAAAACAUCUUCUAGAGAAGUAAAAUCUACCACCAACAGAUUUGACCAAAAGUUCCUCACCGGUAAAGGAAGUGUGGGGCUAAAUUUCGCAGCCACAUUACGAAAAUUGUCCCCCCCCACUCCCCCCUCAUACAUUAUUUGAGCGAUUGUUUCCUCUUCAAAUAAAGGCUUCGGAUAAUUGUGACCAGAUGACACCAUGAUAAAAACGUUUCUGAUUAGGUGGACAUUCUUUGCGGGUGCAUGACUAUUUGUCCUGUUCACAGACGUCAGUAUGAGUUGUAUAGUACAGUUGUUUAACUCCAUUUUUGCAGUGGAAAACAUAAACAUCGGUGACGUCACAGCCUUUUGUCUUUACCUCAUGAACAAAACACAGGGAAUCUUUACAAAGUAGAAUGAAGCAUUAUUUUUGAGUGUGUCUAGUAUGAUCGGUUUCACCACCUCCGCCUCCGCAUUUUUCUGCUCUUUCACUUCCACCUUCACAGAGCUAAUAGCGAGCUUAAGCAACGGCGACGGUGACGGCAAGGAGAACGGCGAAAAAGCAAUGGGUUUAGAUUGGCAAAACAACAACUGCUCACGUGCAUUACCCUUUUUUGCACAUUUCUUUGCCGUCGUUGCACGACUACGACGUGAAAAUUCCUAAUUUCACGUCUUGUCGAGGACGGGAACACAAGACAACAACUUUCUUUUUCUUUUCCUGAACUUUGAUACAGUCUUUUAGAAUUCAGUUAUAGAAAAACUUGCCAACAUUUAACGAACUAAACGAGAUGGAGUAAGCGCGAUAAAGUUUGAGGCAGCGUUAAUGCACUUUUUAAGUGACGUUUUCGUAGCCCUCGCCGUCGUUGUGGCUUAAGUUCCCUAUUGUCUUACCUUCACCACAACCGCGUUUCUAACAUUUUCAGAAUUUCCAGGGGCACCCAACGACAAUUUUCGGAAAAUAUCUGUUUGGAAGACGAUUUGAGAUCUAGAAUUUUCGGAACAUUUGUUGUAAAAUUUCUUGCUUGCCUGCCUCUCCUAGGAUUUUCGAACAUCUAAAAACUACUAUAAUUGCCCAUUUUUAACGGAUUUUUACCCUUAAAAGAUCACCUAGAAUUUUCCGUAGCCUUUUUUCUGGCUGAAAUUUUCGAAAAGGUAAGUUUUGAUCCCUAUAAUUUUCGGAUCACUAGGCUUUUAGCUAGGAAAUCUGAACAGAUAAAAAACUUUUAGGGGAUAAAAAUAUGCCUAUAUUUACCGUUUAAAUACUAAAAUACGUUUAACAAUGCUAUGUUUAAGUGGUUUUGAACUAUAUUCUCGUUGGGUGCCCCUGAUCAAUUCCCUGCACCACCAUCACCACAAUUCCAUUCCAUCCACCUCCUCCUCAUUUCCAGGUGCUCAUGUGGCAGUUUUUAACAAUAGACGAGCGAAAACAAUCUAAAUGUGGUGACGGUGGUGGUGACAGGAGAUAAAACUUGCAUAUUUGCGUUACGUUUAAGUGGUGUUAGGUGAGAUGUGAGUUGGCGCUUUUUCCGUUGUUAAACUUAAUCAACAAAUGAACGUUCCUCCAAAGUCUACCAAUCAAAAUGGUGACAUAAUCAAUCCAAUCUUGUUAAACCUUGUUAAAACUGUUAUAUUAAAGACAACGAAACUUAGAUUAGGUUAUCAUCCUCCUUCAAUUUGAUCCACCUGCGACAAAACACAAAAGGUGUUACAGUGUAAUAUAAUCCCCGGAGCAAAAAUCGGAGUAAAAGAUUCCUACUAUACUACUCAGUAUAUACAGUUUUUUUACAUGUUCAUCUUCCCACAUCCUGUUGCAAUAAAGUCCGACUUUUGAACAAAUGUCGAGCCAAAGACGAACUCAGUUGUACUGAGUUAGGAACAACGAUAGCACAACGAUUGGGCCUGAGCGUAGUUCAUUUAGUUUUUUGAAAGGAUGAUUAUAAGGCUUACUUUUUGACUUUGACAACAGCAAAGUUCGCACCUUGAUUUUCCCCUUCAACUUUUCACCUUCAUUGUGAACAAACAACGCAGUAUGGAAACAAAGUUUCUGUUCUGUUGUGUUGUUCUGAUUUACACUAGAACUAACUUUGUUUUUGUUUUUGUCUUUGUUUCCAUAGUGCCAGUAUAGCCAAGGCUUUCAAUUUUUAGAUGAAAAGGCUUCAAAUUUUAAAAAUUGAGUUUGCUAUAUGCAAAAAAGUCAUAUUUCAUCGCUUAUCUUUUAUACUGUAAAAUGCCAUAUGGGUAAAAUUAGUUCAGUUGUUUAAAAAUACUUCUAUGGUUUUGUUUGAUGCAGGAACACGUAGGAAGCUCAUCAAUUCUUACAAACACGCACUACUGGCAACGAUGAAUAGAACACUUCAAAAGUCCAUCGGACACCAAGUUGAGGAUCUUAUACUGGACUGUGAAUGGAAUGGAGAAGCUUGUGGACCACAGUUAGUACAGUAACUAUGCUUGCCAUGUGAUUCUUAACUCCGCUGAAAUUGUCGACACGCCCAUGGUAGCCUGCGUAGCAGGCGCUUGGAAGUAGUGGGCGAAAGAGAGAACGGGCGCGAGCGAGGGAGACACGCGAGGGGUGAGGGAGCUCUCUCUCCCCUCGCGUGUCUCCUUCUCGCACGCCCGUUUUUUCUUGUGCCCAGUACUUCCGUGGAUUAACUGAAUGACAGACUGACUGACUGUCCAACCCGUGGACACCCAUGUGGAUCCUUGUCCCUUGUACGAUCAAACCCCGUUAAUACAGACAGUGGGGGUAUGGAAAGUGUCCGAAACUGACGGUAAAGAAAAUGUCCGUAAUAACGAGGUGUCUGUAUUAAGGGUUCAUGUUAUAAUUUACGUCAAAAGUACACCUUAAUUUAAACAAAUAAAGUACUAAAGAGUGUAACAGGACAUAAGCAUCAUUAAAUUAAUCUCAACGUUUACAAAGCCGUCCUUACGUCGUCAUUGAUCUCCUUGUGGAAGAGUAUUUUCACUGGAACCUUGUGGUCAACUUAACAUGUUUGUUUUUUGCCGUUGUUGUUUUUUCUCUGGCCUGUUUGACUGAGUCGCCUGAAUCACGCUCAUUCUGGUAUAGAUUGAAACCUUUUGCAGCUCUGCAGAAGUUAGGUGUUAAAGUUGCCCAUGACAAUUUGGACAAUUAAUUUUAAAUAUCUUGUGAUCUCUUGUCUUCUACUAACAAACUAAAAAAAUUAAAAGUGAAGGGAAUCUGUAUUUUGAACAGUCUGUCUUUUCUAGAUCGAACUACCUAGCUUUUAUUUUGUCUUCUUUAGGAACUUCACAUACUUCUACAACUACGUGUUUGGUAACUGUUAUGUGUUUAAUGAAAGGAAAGUCGAAACUAACGUCACGGCACCGGGAAGUGAAAAUGGUAAGCUCUUCAUCAAAGCUGCAAUAUCACAAGACACUUAGGAGCUAGCCCUGGUGCUGUCAGGAGAACAUUUCCCGGAGAUGAACAACCCCAAGACUAAGUCAAUUAUUUUUAGACACACUUGAGGCUCCGUAUCUGUGCCCAUCCAGCUAUAAUAAUUACAAAACUCCUUGAAAACUAAAUGAAGAUGCUUUUUCAGUAGUCUUCAAAAGACUGAUUUCUCUAGCUCACAUUCGAAGGCUGGAUCUCACCGCCACACCUUUUAAUUUCUGUUGAGUCAAAUGUCUUUUAGAUGUUCCUAGGCGACCAGCUGGCCUUUAAAAAUGUUUUUUUUUGUUAUCUUGCAUCAGGAUUAUCUCUAGUCCUAAACAUUGAAGCGGAUGAUUACUAUGAAGAUUUUUCAGAGUCAUACGGAGCUGUAGUGGACGUUACGAGCACAAUGGAGAUGCACUUUCCGGAGGAGAAUGGGUACCUCCUUGCACCAGGGCAAGCUACAAACAUUGGUUUCACAAAAGUGAGUUUCCCAAAGUUUCUCGCAGGCCUCAUCAAUCCGCGUCAACAUCAUUUUAGCCACAUCAAGGACAAAGUUUACCUUGCAAGUAUCACCUUUACGACAAAGAUUAUUCUAUAUGUGUAAUAUGUAGAUUUAGCCAAGGCUAAAGACGAAGCUCCCGUCAAUGAAAAACAUUGCAAAGAAAUCAACUUGGAGUUGAGCCUGCAAUCAGUUGAAAACCAGCGACUUGUGAGCAGUAAAGGGGGUGACGAAUGGUCUUUGCGAGCAUUCGCGAGCAUGCCGAGCACUGCGAUUUUUUGCGAGCACGAACAGAAAUAAAAAAUUUGCUUUGUGAGCUUGCGAGCAACGCAAAAAUUUGGGGAGCACGAGCAAGCGAGCACUCGUUUAAAUUUUGCGAGCAAAUCGACCAAAGGUAAAAUUUUGCGAGCAGUUAAAAAUUUUAAUGGACCAUUCGUUACCCCUAGUAAACUCGAUGUGUCGGCACCUGAGCCCGCGAUACAGUUAUGUGAUACUGGUCAGCGGAUACCCUGUUUUAACAGCUGUCAAUUGACGAAAAUUCAGGUUGCAGGCUACCACACUAGCUAGAAAUCAAAGUGCGUCAUUUCACAUUGUUUCUCUAUGGUACGGACGGACGGACAGUCGGGCGGACGUACUAUUACGUGUGUUCCAAAUUUCCUUAGCUAUGGGGCUCCGCUAUGACUUUUUCUACCCUAUUUUUUAUGAUUUCAAUUUUCCCCCUUCUCAAUUAAAAAUACAACCCAAAUGCCUCCUUCAUUGAUCUUCCAUCAUCUUUAGAUACCCAGAAGUAGCUAAGGUGGUUCAACAGAGACCCUACCCGGGUGCCUUACCAUUAACCCGGGGGGGGGGGUCUUCCCCCACUUGGGCACUACCCUGAAGUGGGCAGUGACAUACCAUCAGUAUGGAAUUUCUCUGCUCGCUCUUCAGUCGUCAUUUCGCGGGAAAACCAGGAGUGGUGUUGCGAAAUCAGGUCGCAUGUACGGCUGAAAUGUAAUUUCUAGGGUUUCCUCGGUAUUUUCUCACUGAAAGUGGCUGAACCAGUUCAGGAGACAUUGAAGUUGAGUAUGAGGGAAACUUUCCUUAUACCCCUCCCCUGACCUACUUACUCGUCACUUAAUUAAGGAGGGGUAGGUGGCCAGUUUGUCAGAAUCUUAAACUGGUCUGAACCAUUUACAUGUAAAAUGCCCAGGGUCACUACCGUUCUUCUUGUAAACUUUGAGAUGAUUUUGCCCCUGGGUUUCCGAGGGUUAGCUUUCACUGGAAUAUGAAAUCCUAUUGGCUGUACUUGAAAAACUGAUGGAUUUUCCUUGAACGCAUAGAUCUAAUGAGCAAACACUGCCUGCUUAUCUAUACAGAGAAUUGUUAGUCGACUAGACAAGCCAUAUGAGGGAACAUCUUGCAGUAAAGGCGGAGACAUUAUCUACGUAAACAGAAGUUACUCGGAAAUGGCAAGUCAUGUUGUUGUUGUUUUUGUCGUUGUUUUAGCCUGCGAGCAAGCUCUCCGGGGCGCUCUAAGUUCCCGCCCCGCCGCUAGAGCGUACCGGAGAGCUUGCUCUCGGGCUAUCGUUGUUUAAUAGUUGUGAUCUUUUCGAUCGAUUAACACUUCCGCAAACGAAGUUGUUGCCUAAGGUUACGAAGCAUGUGCCACGUAUAGUAACAAGCAGACAACAUGAUAGGCUGCGAGCGCAUUUGGAAUGAUAAAAAGAGCUCUGUUCUUUUAGUGAGACUUUAAAGGGGUUGUGUCACGUCUGUCUAAUUUAUUUUGUUAAUAUUUGCAAUUACACGUCCUUAUCCCAAUGGAACUUUGUGUUAGCAAAGAAUUUACUUGUAAAUGGCAAAUCCACUGUUUCAUGUGAAACAAAAUUGUUCCACUAGCAUUAGAUCAAAAGAUACAGGAACUAAAAAGAACUUUGAAAAACUUUUAGGCUAAAAAGGUUUCAAAAACCUCGAUUCCAUUCCGUAUCAAUUUUCUUCAAGUUUAUCCAGCCGUUCCUCCCUUUGUAUUUGCUUUUUUUUAUACAUUCUUUUAAUAUUUUGGGCUGAUAUUUUUUAAGUAUUUCUUCGUGAUAAAGUUCCUUUGAAAUGCUACUGAGAACAGCAAACAGGGAGAAAAAAAGCACGCGUUAAGAAGAGGCUGCGGUUGUGUCAUUGCUCAAAAGAUUUCGCGGAACUGUGGGUUUCAAAGUCAGAAUCUUCCUUACUACAGCAUUCUAAGGUACAAUAACUGCACUUUGAUGGAAUAGCCUGCAGAAAGUCCUUUUGUUCACGAUCUUAGGCCUGUAAAAAGUCCUGUGUUGCCAACAAUCAGUUGAGAGAUUGUGGAUGCUCCGGAGUGGCUUAUCCCAUUACGCCAAAUUGUGAUCCAUUUGAUUCAGUUCAAGGUACGUUGCUCUCGCUGUUUUUUUUUUCUUAUGUUUGUUUCCUCGACACUAAAAUCUAUAUGAAAAUGAUCAUGCUCAUGCGUUAUUUUCAAUCGAAACACCAGCUAAAGUACCAAUCAGAUGUCACAAAAUUGAACAAAAUAUUCCCUGGGAGCCGUAAAAGACAGCUCCCGAAACGUUCCGAAAUCUUUUAUUGACUGUAACUGAAUAGAACAAACACAAUCGUAGACUUACUUAAGAUGAUCUUUAAGAUUAUAAUUCAAAACCUUCAGACUAGCAAUACAUCAGCUUCUCGGAAUAAUAAUCAAAGACAACAGCAGAAAACAUUCAGAAUCUUCGUCAAAAUUUCGUGAGGGGGGAUGGAAUUUUCCAAAACGAGAACACGUGAUACUGACGUCAUGCUGAGUCCCAGUUCCCCACAGUAACAAAGGCUUCUGGGUAACUUGCGAAAGAACUCUGACAAAGUCAAAAAUUUCUUAGCCUAUGAUUGGCUGAAGUAGGUUGCGCGGGAGUCACUCCGUCUCUCUUAUUGGUUACCGACUGAAGUAAUACUCUUCACUUCUCUAUUAAUUCCAACCAUUUGCGUUGUUUGAAUACACAGUCUCCGCAUGGUUGUAACACCUGACUAGGUUUGCCCGCCCUCAACACUGAAAGCACGAUAAGUUCUAGGCUCUUGUAUUUCCCGUCUUGCAGGACUAACAUAAUAAAGGUUUUCAUUAUAUAACCACGAAUGAAUUACCAAGUGAGGUUUCGGCGAAAACAUGAUAUGUUCACAUGUGAAAACAACAUUUCAUCCAGCUUGUUAUCUUCAAGCGUGAAGAGAUAUGAGUUAAAAGACUUGGAAUUUCAUUGGUGUUUAUAUAAUGAUUAGAUCAUUACACGGCCGCUUGGAGAUACGAAAUUCUCUUCUCAUCUUCAAAAAUAGAAUGUUGUGUAUUUAGGCAUCAUCAGCCGACACCCGAUGCGCUCAUUCGUGAAAUGGUGAAAUGUUUUUCAACAUUCGAAGAGGAAUUUCGUCUCUCCAAGUUGCCACGUAAUAUCCUCUAUUUUCCAGGGUCAUCAAUUCAUUCGUUCGUUAUGUUUAAAAUUCAAAAUACUACAAUUCCCGUUUCUUUCACCUUUAAAAAGCAUAGCAUUCAUUUAAUUAUAAGGGUCUUUUGAUAAGGAGUACAUUUUUUGUGAGAAUCACUGUAAAACCUUUGUUGGUUAUUAACAAAUGCAUUGUCUUUUCAUAUAUCAAGUACGAUGUGCCAAAGAAGUGAGUCGCGAAAUUAGGUUGGGAAACAUUCCAUGCAACUGUCCUCAAGACUGCAGGCAAGUCAAUGCGAAACCAAAGCUCCGAUAUGAACAUAUUACCAGUUACUAGUCAUGCACUCUUUCUGACAGAUGCACCCACAAAUUUGUUCCUCACAAUAGUAACGGUUACACUAAGUAUCAUAUUCUUAGAUAAAAGGCUCCAAAUCACGGCUCCGGGGGAGGUUCUCAACCUAUAUUUGUACGGAAGGCUCCGCCUCUAGGGCCAACCUUAUAGACACGUUGAAUUCUGUAAAGCUGAUCGUACUACGUGAAAAUUAACUUUGCAAUACAUCAACACGACACCAAAAGGACCCAAAAUAGAGCGGGGUUGUAGUCGUCGACAGCUGUUCCGCCAUUAUUGUGGCACGUCAGGAUGGCGUUAUAAACAAAACUCAUAAUUUGAUUUAAACCCUGACAUUGAACUCCAACACCCACAGAAUCACGCCAUAUUACGUGUUUCCGGGAGGGCAAUUUUCACGUAGUACGAUAAAUUUUGCACAAGUCAUUGUGUCUACUUUGAAUAAUUUGGCUGAUCAGAUCUUCAGUUAGAUCCUACGUUCUGCGGCAUAUUCGUUUGCGGUCCUUUACAGUUCAUAUCUAUCUGCCAACCUUAUACCCUUUUAUAUACCAUUUUUGACAUAAAUGAUCUGGGUUGUAUCACGUUAUCAGUAUGGAAUUUCUGCAAUCGUUCCUGAUGUUUCAUUUCGCGGGAAAUCUCCAAUAGGGUUCUUUAAUCCAGUAAUCCCGACCCAAAAUCUGAUGUGCCAAUCCCGUAAUCCCGAGGGUAAUAUUUGCCAUCCCACCUCGCGCGCAUACUUUUAAUCCCGAAUCUCGCCCCGAUUUUGCUUUCAAAUCCCGGAUCCCGAAAACCUCACUGGGGAUCCUCAUUGGUGGCUCGUGAAAUGACGGCUGGUUUUUCAGGGCUACUCAACAUGAAGCCUGUCUGGCAAUCAACCCAGGGAAAGGGCGAAAUAAAUCGGGUGUACGAGGAAGAAAAAAGGGAACCUUCCCAUCACACGAUGUCCCUCUUUCUCCUUUAAUAAUUCCCAACGCCCUUUGAAAGCCUGCUUUUCAGGCUACUCAAUCUGUAGCUUAAGUGCAAGGUAAAGUGAACUUUUCAAUCCGGAAAGAUCUGAAACUUGGCUCUCAUACGUCUUGUAGUUGAUUCUUUUUAGGUUAAUCGAGUAUCCUGCUACUGUCUCCUCUGCAAUAUGGCCGACUGAAGGAUACCUGGUGAGCUGAUUUAUCUUUAACCCUUUAAGCCCUAAGAGUGAUCAGCAUCGAAUUUCUCCUUGUAAUAUCAAUUCCUUGUAAAACAGAGUGGCUAUUAGAAUUACCGACAUGAUCACACAAGAUGAAUUUGCUUGAUAUUUUAUCAACUUCUCCCCACUACUUCUAUAGGAAAUGACUAGGGGCAACAAUUGAAAAUUCAAAUUUUGAUCUUCGGGUUUAAAGGGUUAAACAGCCUCUCUUAUCUUUUAUAACGUCCAACCGAGGCAGGAGGGAAGGGGAUAGGCUUACGACGGUACCCCCCACCCACCAUGAGUGGGCAGUAACGCGGGCGCAUCUAGACACCCACGGCUAUGGACUGAUCCUAGGAAGGGGUAGUCUCCGAAAACAGCCGUUUCUCCUCACUCCUCGCGGCUGAGAAGGGGAAACGGCUGUUUUCGCAGGCUAAGGGAGGGGGCUACUUACUUUUUCUUUCCCUGCGUACCUUUCCUACGGGCGUCAUCCCUUGCGCACCUCCAAGCCUUGUAUACGUUACAUGUCCCAUAUGAUGCUCGCGAGAAUACUGAAAACAGUUUAGUGAGUUAAUCUAGCCACCCUUCGAUGUGGAAUCUCAUAAACAGGCCGUGAUACAUGUAAGAUGUCGCAAUACUUUUGAGUAAAUCAUCAGCAUUUUUUUUUGGUUUUUUUUAUAAUUUAUUAGAAGUCGCAUCUGCUGGAAAGAUUGGGCAAUAGAGCCUUUAAUACAGUGAGUGAUAUAACACAAGCCAGGUAUGAUAACAAUAGCUCAGUUUCCUUUUCCUCUUCAUUCAGGUCUUCUUUCCUGUCUUUUAGAUAAGGAUGAACACUAACCUGCAAAUCAGUCGUAUUUUGCAGUGCGAACGAUGAUACUCUUGUGAUACUGUUCUCCCACCAUGUUGGACGUUGAAACUGACGGAGAGUUGGGGCGAGUCAAAAAAUGAUUUUAAGGAAGAGGUUGACGGGUCAAAAUAGAAGAGGAGGCAACUGCUUUAGCGCAUGCGCAUGGCGGCCAAGAUUAAUGAACCUCUGAGCUUAGGCUAAUGAACACCAAGCCGAAAACUAAGAAAUAAAUACCGAUCUGAUACAAGAAAUGGCUUUGUUCAGUCUCUAACAAAUUGUUUUUCCUUAACAGAAGAAAUUUGGCGCGGGUUGACGUUUACUACAAGAGCAUGACAACAGAGAUCAUCCAACAAGUGCCAAGAUACGAGGUGAAUGAAGAUUGUAUCCACAAGUUUUACAAAGUUCAAAAGGCCAGAUUUGAAUUAUAAAAAUUUAUGCUUGGCUCAGUGGCUGAGGGGGAUAGUGUCCACUCUCUCUAAAGAGGACACUUUUAGGGCCGGCACAUAAUGUCCGUCUACGAGUGAUGUCCGUCUUAUGGAGAGUCAAAUAAAGGGAGCAGAGAAAGGUCGGGACAAACUCUAGGUGUCCGUUAAAAUAGAGUUCAAUGUGAAACAAAACAUGUCAAUGAUCGAUUUAUCACUGGAUCUCAAUGCGAUUUCUUUUGAUUUAUAACCCCCAGCCUCUGAGUCAGGUAUGAACUUUCAAAAUUCGAAACCUGUCUUUGAAAAAGUAUUACUGUUGGGAAUAAUCCUGUGACAAGCUGAUUUUCAAUUUCGACGAGGACGACUAUUGACACUUCAGGGGCCAGACAACGUAACGUAACUGUAACGUCUGAUGUUAAAAUAAAGAGUUUGACUGGGAUCCGACGUCAAUGGUUAAAGCAGCUGACCCAAGGUGUUUCAUCCCGCUGAAACCGGGCUGAGUACCUGAGGGGGACUCCGCAUAUAAAAGGGGUGGGGAUGCUCGUCGUCUCGCUUAGGGGUGUAAAUUUCGGAUUUUGGUCUCACUUGGGGUGUUCUGGGCAAAAUGCCAUCAUAUUUAGCCGUGAAGGUCUCGUUUAGGGUUGCACGUGAAAAUAUAAAAAUAUAUGUAUUGUCUGUGUUUUAAUAUGGUCUCUUUUAGGGGUCAAAGAAAGCUUGGGUCACGCUCGGAUCGGUCUCUUUUAGGGGUUUAAUUCAAAAUUUCCGACGAGCAUCCCCACCCCUUUCACAUGCGGAGUCCUGCCCCCCGGGGCUGACUACCAUCCGUUUGGGUCACCUUGAGGGAGCCCAUUCCUUAAAAGCCCGGUGGUUCCCUUGGGCUUCCCCGCCAUUAGCCUUAAAAUGUUUAGAACUUCUCCGUGCCUGUGUCUCUUAAUGGCAAAACAAUAAACUGAAACUGAACUGGCUCGUUGGCACAGCUCCUUUGUCUAUAUUUGGGGUUUGAGUCUUAAAGUAAACUUUUUAUUUAGAAAUAAUGAAGCGUAUAGUAUUGGAAUAGACAGACAGCACUUUGCGGUGUACGAAUAUCAUGGAAUAUUGAUUCAUCAGUAAAUUUAUUUUUGUACUUUAUUUUCUUAGUUUAAAGAUCUCAUCAGCAACAUCGGAGGUUCAUUGGGACUUUUCGCAGGAGUAUCUCUUUUGACUCUGCUGGAAAUUUGCAAGUUGCUGUUUGACUUGGCUGGUUCCUUUUGCAAGAAAUUCGAAGAAAAAGUAAACUCUGUCGACCCCGACAUGAAAAAGAAGAAAGAAAUGACUUAA